CAGCCCUGGAAGCCAGGGAUGAGGCGACAGUGAGGGAUUUGAUCUGUACUGAAGUUCGGCACGUGGACGCCGUGAUAGAACUGGCCAACGACGACUGGAUGAAGGACCCCUCGGCCCAGCUGCCCCCCGGGGUCCUCCUAGCAAGGGAUGCGCAUUUUGGGAUCAGUUCUCAACAACUGGAAGAAACUCACAGGCCACCUGGGGCCCCAGAUGAUGCCUUUGGAAAUCACUGGUGUGUCCUACUACGGAGCCUCCCACCCGGGGACACUUGUGCACAGCCCGGUCAUUUGCAGUGUCCAGCUGGGCCUCCCUCACACAGCCUCGGGACUGACACAGCCCUCAGAAUACACAUCCGUUCACCACUGGCCACAGCAGCUAAGGAAGUGGACGGGAUGAAAACAAGAAGACACACUACAGAGCAGGAAAAGAAGCCCUGCCUAUCUCAGGCUGUGUCUGCCCUUGUCAUGCGGAGAGCUGUUUGGAAGAUAUACAGAUGUGCCUGUCUCUAGAGUUUACAUCUAUACAAUCACAAGGGGGUGGCUGAGCUCUUUGGCGUAUUAGUGGUCACGUGAUGCUGGCCAUAUCAAGUAACCAUUAUCACAUCAGAGCCCACAGGAGUUAAAAAUACACCACCACCCGAGCCCCAACUGGAUGACAAUUGAGUAAUAACAAUAGAAAUAGCUCACACUCCAUAAGACCAUCUUUCCCCUUCCUGGAGAACUUUUCUGAGAUCAUCGGCACUGCAAUGAAGAGACAGCCAGAGCCAGUUACAGGGAAACUUCAGAUCUUUCAGAAGAUGGGAAAAGAGCCUCAGGCAAGAGCUGGGUGGCCGGUGCUCGAGUACCAUGCUGCCUUGGUCACGGGAGACCUGGACCGUCUUAAGCUCCUCAUGGACCAGUUCUUCCAGGACGCCAACGUGGUGUUUGAGAUCAAGAAGGAUGAGAUGGAGUGGCAGGUGAAAUCCCCGGCCACAUUUGGACCGUCAGGCCUCUGGACGCUGGAGUACAAGCGCGAGCUCACCACGCCCCUGUGCAUCGCCGCGGCCCGGGGCCACACGGCCUGCGUGCGCCACCUGCUCAGCCGCGGCGCGGACCCCGACGCCAGCCCCGGCGGCCGCGGCGCCCUGCACGAGGCCUGCCUGGGGGGCCACACGGCCUGCGCCCAGCUGCUGCUGCAGCAUCGCGCCGACCCCGACCUGCUCAGCGCCGACGGCCUGGCGCCCCUGCACCUCUGCCGCACGGCCGCCUCGCUGGGGUGCGCGCAAGCGCUGCUGGAGCACGGUGCCUCGGUGCAGCGCGUGGGCGGCGCGGGCCUGGACACGCCCCUGCACGUGGCGGCUCAGCACGGCCUGGACGAGCACGCGCGCCUCUACCUGGGCCGCGGGGCGCUCGUGAACGCGAGGAACGCCCGCGGCGAGACGGCCCUGAGCGCGGCGUGCGGCACGGCGCGGCGGCCCGACGAGCAAGCCCGCUGCCUGCGCCUGUGCGCGCUGCUGCUGCGGUGCGGCGCGGCGGCGGACGCGCGCGACGAGGACGAGCGCAGCCCGCUGCACAAGGCCUGCGGCCACGCGCGCCACGGCCUGGCGCGCCUCCUGCUGCGGCACGGCGCCGACGCGGGCGCGCUCGACUACGGGGGUGCGUCGCCGCUGGCCCGAGUGCUGCACACGGCCGCCUGCGCCCCCGAGGCCGCGCCGCAGCGCACGCUGCAGGAGCUGCUCAACCACGGCUCCCCCACCGUGUGGCCCGACGCCUUCCCCAAGGUGCUGAAGACCUGCGCGCCAGCCCCCGCUGUCCUCGAGGUUCUUUUCAACUCCUACCCUCAGCUCCGGGUGUCAGAGUCCUGGAAGGAGGUGAUCCCUGAAGAAGUGUUUCAGAUGCACCAGCCUUUCUACCAGUCCCUCUUUGCCUUGGCCCACAGCCCGCGCUGUCUGCAGCAUCUCUGCCGCUGUGCCAUUCGGAAGCUGUUUAGCAGAAAGUGCUUUUAUCUCGUGCCCCAGUUGCCCUUGCCCAAGUCCCUGCAAAAUUACCUUCUUCUGGAGCCAGAGGGGGUUUUGCACUGAAACCCAGAGAUUUGGACCAAGACACUUGUGCUCUUCUGUGGAGGCUCCAGGGUUACGAGGGGCCCUGGAUGGGACUUGGCACCCACCCUGUGCACGGACCUCACCCAGCUUCAGGUCCACCUGGGCAUGGCAUUGGCAAUAGAGGCCCUUUCUGCCUCUCAGGGUUGCUUGUAAGGACUGGAACUGUGAAUAACGUAGUACUUGUAUCAGAAAGUACCUUUCAACGGAGGUUGAACUAAAAGGUAUACAUAUUUUUCCAAGGUCUGUCUCCUGCCCACAAUGCGUUGGCAGCAUUCGAGCUGCACCCCGCCCCCCCCCCCAGCCUUCAGGCCCUCUGCCUCAAGGGGAACACCCCACCCUUCCUAGUGCUCAGACCCUUGGAAAGACUCUGUCCCCCAAACGUGACAGACGUACACAUUGAGAGAGGACACUUCUGUAUCGAGAGCCCCUGCCUGGGAGCCCACUGGUGCUUCCCAGCGUAUCACAGUCCAGAGUCCCUAGAAGGACGUCAGAGGGGUGGUGAGCCAGACGUUCUGAUCCGAUGUGGGUCUUCUGUGCAACAGCCUUACCAAACGCCAGCGGAUCCAGCUGUGGGGAACAGUCCAGGAAGCCAGAUGCCAGGGACAGACACAGGUUCCUGGAGGUUGCCGUCAGCUCAGCCCGAGCGUCCGGGAUCGGAGAGCAUCCUUAAAGGUUGAGGGCUGUGUUAACCGUGUCUUUCAUUUUCUGUAUUCUGGUGCUUCGACAUCUGGGGCCUUUCGGACCCUGGAGGGACUGCUCCUCCCAGGGUUAGCCAACUCCUAGAGAUUGUAAACAACAUGCCCCCAGGCAUCCUUUUCAAAUACACCUCGACCAAUCCAGAGUUCACUACCCACCACCUCCCUGGAGCUCCAGCCACUGCCCCUCCAGAGCCAGUCCCGACAACCAAGGCCAGCCCCUCUGCCCUGGAGCCCACUGCAGUCAUUCAGACUAGCCAGUCCUACGCCUGUGUGUCCUGCCUCGCCUAUCCUUUCCAUGGAAACCACAAUAAAGUCUCUUGCCCGUGUCCCCUCCCCCCACUUCCUGAUCAACCCUGGUGCUUCCCCGUGUGGUGUGACCCUUCUCUUGGGAAUGGUGACUAAUAAACUAUCUCUUCAUUGAUAA